AUGGAGAGUCAUACAGAAGGGGAAGGAGCAGCAGCUAACGAUUGGCUGCUGCUGCGUGGAUCUUCUCCCUCUAGCUAUAACGGAUUUAGUCCUGCUGCUAUGCAUGACAGCAGCAGCAGCAGCAGCAGCAAACAAGCAGAUGCUGUUGCUGCAGCAGCAGCAGCGGCGGCUGCAGCAGCAGCAGCAGCAGUAGCAGCAGCAGAUCCCUCUACUGCUCCUUCUUCCUCUGAUGAAGAAAAGAGCGAAGAUGAUUACCCUAGUAGAGGAGAAGCAGCAGCAGCAGCAGUUCGUUCCCUGCAAGCUGCUGCAGCAGCAGCAAUACGUCUUGAUAGUAAUAGCAGCAACAGCAGCAACAUGAGCAACAGCAGCAGCAGCAGCUGCAGCAGCAGCAGCAGCAACUUAAUAGAGGAAGAUAUUAACCCUUAUAUAGAUCCUUCUUAUUGUCCCCCUUCCUCUUUUGUCUCCUUACAUACAAAUAUUCCCCUACACGAUCCUCAGCAGCAGCAGCAGCAGCAGCAGCAGAUCUGCUGCAGCAGCAGCAGCAGCAACUGCGACAGCAGCAGCAGCAACAGCAGCAGCAGGGACAGCAGCAACGAUGCUGCAGAAAUUAUUGCCUCCUAUACACAACAACGAGACACAGCAGCAGCAGCAGCAGCAUCAGCAGCAGCAGCAGCAACAGCAGCAGCAGAUAUUCAGGUGUAUAUACACCCCAACUAUGGGGGCCCCACAGAUGAUGAAGAAGAAGAAAAAGAAGAAAAAGAAAAAGAAGAAGAAAAAGAAGAAGAAGAAUAUAAAUAUAAUUAUAAAUAUAAAGAAAAAGAAUAUAGAGAAAAAGAAGAAGAAAAAGAAGAAGAAAAAGAAGAAAAAGAAGAAAAAAAAGAAGAAGGAGAAGAUUACCGCAUGCUUUCCUUCUCUGAUAGUGGCUUUGAUGUCUUUGACUGCAGCAGCAGCAGCAGCAACAGCAGCAGCAGCAGCAGCAGCAGCAACGAGGUAUUAUCUUCUUUCUCAUCAGCAGCAGCAGCAGCUGCUGCAGUAGGUGCAGCAGGUGCAGGAGCAGCAGCAGCAGGUGCUGCUGCUGCUUCUGCUGCUCCCGCAGCUCGCUUUGGAUCUUUAGACUUAGAAAAAGAGGAAGAGGGGGGCCCCAAUGGUGAGGGGGGCCCCCUGGGGGCCCCCCUCAACAUGGAGGUUACCGAUGGGGGGCCCCUUGAGGACGAGACAUUAGUGUACCCUAGUUGGGGUAUGUUAGUAAGAGAGGCAGUAGCGGGGCCCCCAAAAGGGUACAAUAUAGAUAUAGAUGGGGCCCCUAUGGGUGGGGGGCCCCUGGGGCCCCUAGGGGCCCAUCGUAUAUUAUAUUCAUUAAAAAAGGGUACAGAAAGAAGAGAUAUAGGGGUGUCUCCUAUAGAUAAAAAAGGAGACAAUUUAUUAAUAAAUAAAGAAAUAAUAAUUGAGCCCUCUAAUAAUAAACCCUUAGAUAGACCACCAAGGAGGAGGAGACAAUUAGUACAGGGAGAGGGUGGGGGGGAAGGAGACGGGGGGCCCCUCUCCCCUACAUGCGGGGGGGCCCCUAGUUGCUCCCUACCAGAGAGGAUGCAUCUGCUGCAGCAGGAACAGGAGGAGCAGCAGGAUGCUCACUGCAGCAGACGCAGCAGCAGCAGCAGCAGGGAGCAACAGGGACAACCUGAAUUCCCUAGGGGCCCCCAACCUGUUGUUGCUGCAGCAAGAAGGAGGCCCCGUUAUGAUGAACCAGGGGGCCCCCAUUUCUCUGCUGCAGCAGGAGAGCUGCAGCAGCAAGCAGAGCGUAAUAAGGAGAGGGAGGAGACCCUUGGGGGGCCCCCCGAGGAGACAGAAGAAAAGAGUACUGAAGUAGUAAUACCUAUAAAGGGGGCCCCUGAGGAGGCAGAAGAAAAGGGUACUGAUGUAGUAGUAUCCAUAGAGGGGCCCCCACGAGAAGAAACAGAGGAGCAGCAUGAAGUGUAUAAAAAUGAGGGGGCCCCCCCAACUUCGGGGGCCCCCCCUCUGUCCCCUCUUAAUAAAGAGAAGGGGGCCCCCAUAGAGGCCCUUCUUGAUAGGGAAAGGGGCCUCCUUAAUUCCUUAAUGGGGGUACAUAUGCAGGAGGGACAAGAGGAGACACCUAAUAAAGGAGACACUUGCUGUCUCCUUUCUAUUACCCCUAGUACCCCUCAUUAUAGUAAUAAUAAUACCCUAUUAAGGAGGGCCCCCAAGCCACAGGACCCUGUAAGGAGGCCCCGUGCCUCCCCUAUACUACAGGAGGUAGGGGGCCCCCAACAGAGGGACAGCUAUUCCCCUCCUCUUAAUAGGAGGCACGAGGGGGCCCCCCCCACGGAUCUUAACUGCUGCGCACAAGGGGGCCCCCAACAACAUCCAGAGGGGGGCCCCCAGCUUCUUGAGAAGGGGCCCCAACAUCUAGAGGGGCCCCCAGCACAGGAGGAGACGCUGCAGGGGACAGAUACACCAGGGUGUGGGGCCCCCAUUGAAGAAACCCUAAAAGAGGAAGAGGGCCCCAUGGAGACUGCGGGGGCCCCCCUGACAGCUGCAGCAGAAGAAGUGGUAGUACCCUCUGAGGGGCCCCUCCCUGCAAACCCUCCUACACCCAUGGAAGAGCUAGACUCUGAGGACGGGACCCCCUCGCCUCUUCCUGCUGCUGCAGGAGAGACGAAAAGGGCCCCUACUGGAGACAGUGGGGCCCCCAAGGAGGAGGAGGCCCCUGUGCAGGGGCCCCCACAGGUAUCCUUGCCUCUGGAGGGGCCACCAGUAGAACCUCCUAAGGACCCACAAGAAGAACCUUCUCUACCAGUACCCACCCAACAUAUAGAGGGGGGCCCCCUUGGGGGCCCCUUGAGGGGCCCCAGGGCCUCCCAGGGUAUUCAAACCCCCUUACCCGAUUUCCCUCUGCAUGCGACAAAAGAAGAAAACCCAGUACCCUGUUAUAGCAGGGGGGCCCCUCGUCCCUGGCACGAAGACAGCGAGAAGCAGAAGCAGCAGCAGCAACAGCAACAGCAGCAGCAGCAACAGCAGCAGCAGCAGCAGCAGGAGAGCUCCAGCAUGAAAGGGGACUUUUAUGGGGCUCAUCAAGGGGCCCCCAUAGAGGCCCCUCAAGGGGGCCCCACUAGCCCUGGUUGCCUGGUGCCUAUACCUGUGUUUGCUAUGGAGCAGCAGCAGGAGCAGCAGCAACAGCAGCAGCAGCAGGAUCUGUUUGCUGCAGAAAGGAGACACUUCGAAUCUGCUGCUGCAGCAGAGAGUCCCCGUUGGGGAUCGCCAAGUGUCUCUGUUUGUUUAGAGGUGGGGGCCCCCCCACCAUCUAUAAGGUUUAGUACCCCUCAGGGGGCCCCCCAGUACCCACAUGCUUCCUCCAUAUCUCCCUACACAGUAGCAGCAGGAGGGCAGGGGGCCCUCCACGAAGAGGUGCACCCAGCCUACCUCAAGACCCCUCAACAAGAGGGGCCCCUGCCACAUCAGGGGGCCCCCCACGAAGAGGUGCACCCAGCCUAUCUCAAGACCCCUCAGCACGAGGGGCCCCAGCCUCAUCAGGGGCCCACCCCAGCGUAUGCUUCUGUGGGGCCCCACAGCACCACCACUACUAGCAGUUUGCUGCAAGGGGCCCCCCCUCAAGAAUCUAUCUCUUCGCCUACACCCACAGCGGUGGCCUCUCCUUCAAGAAGCAGCGCUCUGCUGCCACCGCAGCAGCAGCAAGAGCAGCAGCAGCAGCAGCAGCAGCCCAUAGUGUUGAAGAACUACGCAACGGGGUGUAUAUACACAACACGUCAUACAACAACAACAUACAGCAAAGCAUCUACUUAUAGAAGAAUCUCUGCUGCACCUCUAGAUAAUCUCUUGCUGCAGCAGCAGCAGCAACAGCAGCAGCAGCAACAGCAGCAGCAGCAGCAGCAGCUACUGCAGCAGCAGCAGCAGCUACUGCAGCAGCAGCACCAUGAACCCCGUAGAGGAUCCUUAUGCUUACCUGAGUAUAUCCCUAAUGCUGCUGCUGUAGGGUACAGAGAGUUACACACCACUACCCCAGCAACAACAAGUCAUAGAGGGGGGGCCCCCAUGGGGGCCCCCCUAGUUGCUCCUCUUGGGGCCCCCAUGGGUGCAUCUUUGGGAGCCCAUAUGAUGGGGGCCCCUACAACAGGGGCCCCCCGUAGGAGGGCCUCUGUAGAAGCAUGGGUUGCUGCACCUGUAGGGGUAGGGGAGAGGGGCCCCUCUACACCAAGAGAGGGUCUAGUAGGGGGGGCCCCUAUACACCCGGAGAUAGUACCCGUGGGCCCCUUUGUUUGUUGCGGAGAUACAGAGGGCCCCUUUAAGAAGAAUACAAGGAGAUCCAGGGGUACAGCACCAGCAGCAUCAGCAGCAGCACCACAAGCAGCAGCAGCAACAACAGCAGCAGCAGCAGCAGCAACAGCAGCACCAGCAGCAAGAAGCAGCUCAAGGGCAAUAAAGAAGAAACUCUUCCUUGGGGGAUCUUCGCGUAUCUUUGGAGGAAAGAAGACACAAGGAAAAAGAUAUCUAAGUUGUGUUUCUCCCCAUUCCCCCCGUGCUGCUGCUGCUGCUGCUGCAGCAGCAGCAGGAGUAGGAGCAGGUGUAUCAGCAGCAGCAGCAGCAGAGACAAGGACUCUACUUAGACCUAUACGUGUUGCUCCGCUAGAUCUUAAGGAGGAGACAGUCCUUCGUCCUGCUACGCUGCAGCAGCAGCAGCAGGUGCUGCUGCCGCCGCCGCAGCAGCAGCAGCAGUUGCUGCAUGCACAGCCAUGUGUUGUAGAGCAGCAACACUAUGUGCUGCAGCAGCACCCAUCCCAUGGUCCCUAUGUUGUGCAGCAGGAACCGUGUUUGCUGCAGCAGCAGCCGCAGCAGCAGCAGGUGCUGCUGCUGCAGCAGCAGCAGCAACCAUACGUUGUGCAGCAAGUCCCCCCUGAGCUACUGCAGCAGCCGGUGUAUUAUGUAGAUGUAGAGGAGGGCCUCCCUAUUGAGCAACAGCAGCAGCAGCAACAGCAGCAGCAGCAGCAAGAAGUGGUGGUGCUGCUGCCUCCAGAGCAUGAAGUAGGGAAUAUAGUAUACCAUGGUGGUGGGGGGCCCCCCUCCUUGCUGGUGGGGGCCCCCCCUAUAGAGGGGCCCCCCUCUUCUUUACCAGUAGGUGUAGUGUGUGUACCCCCUCAAGUAUAUAUGUCUGCUGCAGAGGAGGCAGCAGCCCUAUCCUCUCCUGCUGCUUCUGCAGCAGCAGCAGCAGCUGCUGCUGCUGCUGCCCCCUGUAUACUAGGGGAGGCCCUUAAUCUAACAGGGAAGGUACUAAAGGUAGCGGGGGCCCAUCUAGCUUAUAGCUUGGGGGCCCUAAUAAAGGAAGUGGGUACUGCAGUAGCAGAGGAUACACUAGGCUUAUUACGUAACGGGGUAGAGGUGUUGGAGGAACCUCUUCCUCUGCUGCUGCAGCAGCAGCAGCAGCAACAGCAGCAGCAGCAGCUGAUGCUGCAGCAGCAGCAACAGAAACAGCAGCAAAACACACCUAGGGGGCCCCAACUCGCUCUUCCUCCGCCGGGGGCCCCUUCUAGGACCUCCUUGGUAAGGAUAGAGGGGCCCCAGCAGGUACAAGAGAGGGGCCCCCUAACAGAGGAGGGGUGCCAGGAGGUACAGGCAGGGGCCUCUGUAGUACAAGAAGAUGUGGUGUCUCCUAAGACGGGGGCCCCUGUACCCUCUAUAGAAGCAGGGGGCCCCCACACGACCCUGGUGGUACUGCAGCAAGUUGAAGGAGACAAGGGGGCCCCCCUUGGGGGGGGCCUCUUAGAGGCUGACACACAGGAAGAUAUAGUGUACUGCCAGCAGCGGCAGCAGCAGCAGCAGCAGAAAGAGGAGGGGCAGCAGGAAGAGCAAGAACAGCAGCAUGAACAAGAACAGCAGCAACAGCAGCAGCAAGAGCAGCAGCAGCAGCAGCAGCAGCAGCAGCAGCACGAACAGAUGCUGCUGGAGCAACAGCAGCAAGAACUCGAUCAUAUCAAGCAGCAACUGCAGCAGCAGCAGCAGAGGCAGCAGCAGCAGAAGCAGCAGCAGCAGCAGCAGCAGCAGCUGCGCUCUACCCGUUUAUCUGUCCCUUUACCUGUGCUGCCAGUAGACGAGGAGACACCUGCUGCAGCAGCAGCAGCAGCAGCAGCAAAGGAGACACUUAAUGAGGAAGAAAGGAGACAAGCAGCAGCAAGGUUAGCUGCUAGAUGGAGGCCCCUUCCUUCCCCAAGGGGGGCCCCCCCACUCUCCUUUCAUAACAAAGAGGGUACUAAGGGGUCCCAAGGGGGGCCCCUAGUACCCUCUAUUAAUGACACGGAAGGAAUGCAGCAGCAACUCUCUCCUUAG